GCGAUAUGGGCAUUCGAAUGGCUGGUUAUGCCAUUUGGCCUUACGAAUGCCCCGGCCACUUUCCAAGCGGCGAUGACAACGGAGUUCCGACACAUGCUGGAUCGAUUCAUACUUAUAUACCUCGACGACAUCUUGGUGUAUAGCCGGAGUUUGGACGAGCAUGUGGAACACCGCCGCACCGUUUUGGAGCGGCUACGACAAGCCAAGUACAAAGCCAACCGCGACAAAUACGAAUUCGCGUGGCAGGAGCUGGAGUACUUGGGACAUUACGUGACGCCGCAAGACAUCCGUCCGCUUGCGGACAAGAUCGAGGCCCUCCGCGUAUGGCCCGAGCCCACCAACACCACGGAUGUUCGUUCAUUCAUGGGGUUGGCGGGCUACUAUCAGCGAUUCAUCACCGGAUACUCAAGGAUUGCUGCACCUAUGACGAGAUUASAAUCGCCAAAGGUGCCAUUCGUAUUCGAUGACGACGCACGCCGGUCAUUCCAAGCACUUAAGACGGCCAUGCUCAUGGCACCCGUCCUUAGCAUAUAUGACCCCACCCUGCCUACGGGAGUAACAACUGACGCUUCUGGCUAUGGCAUUGGAGCAGUCUUGGAACAACGCGACGGCGACGACUGGAACCCUGUGGAGUGUUUCAGCCACAAAGUGCCUCCCAUCAAUUCACUUGAUGAUGCAAGGAAGAAGGAGCUGCUCGCGUUCGUGAUGAAUCACAAGCGAUGGCGGCACUUCCUCCUUGGUCGUAGGUUCACAUGGGUCACAGACAACAACCCAUUGACCUACUACAAGGCGCAAGAUACGGAGUCCGGCACGAAGAUGAAACCAAGUUCGGCUCGGCAUCCACAGACGGACGGGCAAACGGACAGGGCACAUCAAACCGCUCAAAUGAUGCUUCGUACGCUCAUCUGUCCGGACCAGAAAGAUUGGGUUGACCGCCUCCCCGACAUCGAGUUCGCCUACAACACUUCGGUGCACCCGGCGAUCGGCGUGACUCCAUUCGAGUUGCACCACGGUGGACGGAAAGGCCGUAUCUUCACCGACCUUCUCCUCCCACGACCAGCCGACAUUGACGCCGCUUGCUCUCCCGCUUCCGUCCGGAAGUACAGGGAAUUGCUGGCUCAAGCCCGCGCGAACAUGCAAAAGGCUCAAGUCCGCAUGCACCGGCAAGCCAACAGGCGUCGCGUGCCAUGUCCCAUCCGCGCCGGUGCUCUGGUUUGGGUCUCCGCGAAAGAGUUUGCACUGGAACAAGACGUUUCACGCAAACUGCUUCCCAAGUGGUUUGGACCAUGGCCCGUAACAUCAGCCGCGGGCGAUGAGCCCAAUGGCCCUUCAUUUGUGAUCAACAUCCCUGCGCAUCUGACGGUCCAUCCAGUCUUUCACUCUUCGAAGCUGGCAACAUAUACACCAGCUAAGAGCGACGACUUCCCAGGCCGACGAUCGCAGGACCCUCCAUCUAUGGAUGGUCAUCAGGAAGUUGACCGCGUCAUCACGGAUCGCAAGUACAGCAGCAAGCCUCGCCAGUACAACGUUACAUUCAGAGCAUGCGAUCCCGACGACACUCGGUGGGUUUCAGGAACAAAUUUGAAAGCAUCCGCACCGCUGAUCUACGCUCACUGCGAGCGACAAAGGUUAGCUCAGGGACCUUCACAACCUGCCCCUACCACCCGGACUGUGGUCCCUCCCUCAGACAGAUAGCUUCGCCCUCGCAGGUAAGCUCGGUCUUUCAAGGAGGGGGGGGUGUGGCAUACUGCGUAGCCACACGGGCCUGCAGGGCCCGUCCCGCAUUCCCAGCCUAA